CAAUUUUCAUAGACAGAGGGACGAUAUCGUUGUUGGUGUGAUUCCCACUUUCUCUUGUUCAUUCCUACGGACAUACAUCACUAGGUGAUAUCUGCCCAUCAUGGAUCCCAGCGGCCCCGUUACCCUGCGUACCUCCAAAUUUAUCACCAACCGUCUCCUGAACCGAAGACAAUUUGUCAUCACUGUCAUCCACCCUACCCGUGCCAACCUUUCCCGAUCUGAACUCAGUGAAAAGCUCGCCGCCUUGUACAAGACUGACAAGGAGCGUGUCGUCGUCUUUGGAUUGAGGACAAGUUUCGGAGGUGGAUCCAGCACAGGUUUCGGAUUGGUUUACGAUGAUGAGGAAUCCCAAAAGAAGUUUGAGCCUCAGUACAGAUUGGUGCGAUCUGGCCUAGCCGAGAAGAAGGUCAAGCCUUCCCGAAAACUCCGCAAGGAGCGAAAGAACCGAUCAAAGAAGGUUCGAGGAAAGGCCAAGGCCAAGGCUGGAGAGCCCGCCAAGAAGAAGUAGGCGGAGACUGGGUCGCUCUAGGACUCAGUGGAGAUGGGAUGUCAAUGAUGAUGGACCUACAGUAUUUUCGUCUUUGCAUCAUUCGACUACCUCGGGAUGGAUUUGUGCAUCAGAAUCACGAUCA